CUGCUCCUUAGCACUUGCCGGCUUACGUUUGAUUCCGAAAGCGGUUCGUGGGGAGGCGUCGGGAUGACGAGUGCCAGGGCAGUGCUGGGGACAGAGGGCGGGGAGCGAGCUGGACCCCAGCGCGCUUCCAGCAAGGGCGCGGUUCACCUAGCCUGGUGUUUUCCGGAAGGUCAGCGCACAUCCGUCUGACUUGGUGGCCGAGCGGGCAGGAGCGCAAGGACUCGGGCAGGCGGCUGUGUGCGGGAGCGCGAUGUAUUUCUGCUGGAGCGGGGGCCGCCCCAGAUCGCAGAACCGGGGGCCAGCGGGCCCGGGAGGUGACGCGCUGCUGCAGGUGGCCAGCGGGGAGCGGCACUCUCUGCUGCUGCUGAGCGACGGCGCGGUCCAGUCGUGCGGGGACAACAGCCACGGCCAGCUGGGCCGGAAGGGCGUGCAGCGCGGGAAGCGACCAGAGCGAAUUCCAGCCUUGGAAACUCUUCAAGUUCGUCUGGUGAGCUGCGGCAAGGAGCACUCCCUGGCUGUCUGCCACAGAGGAAGGGUCUUUGCGUGGGGAGCUGGUUCUGAAGGACAGCUGGGAACUGGAGACGUUAAGGAAGUAAAUUUUAUACCUAAGAAGAUAACAACUCUGACUGAUAUAAAAAUUAUACAAGUUUCCUGCGGACACUACCACUCCCUGGCAUUAUCAGAAGAUGGCCAAGUGUUUUCAUGGGGGAAGAACAGCGACGGGCAGCUGGGCCUGGGGAAGGAGUUCCCCUCCCAAGCCAGGCCGCAAAGGGUGAGGUCCCUGGAAGGCAUCCCGCUGGCACAGGUGGCUGCAGGAGGGGCCCACAGCUUUGCCCUGUCUCUCCCUGGGACCUCAUUUGGCUGGGGAAGCAACAGUGCAGGGCAGCUGGCCCUCAGCGGGAAUAAUGUCUCAGCAGUGAAGGCCUACAAGCCCCGAUCAAUUGGUGCCCUGAAGAAUCUCGGUGUGAUUUACAUCAGCUGCGGUUAUGAGCACACUGCUGUGCUUACCCAGGACGGGAAAGUGUUCACGUUUGGCAACAAUAGCUAUGGACAGCUGGGACACAGCCCCACUGCUGAGAAGAGGGGUCCACGACUCGUGGAAAGAAUUGAGGGCCUGGUUUCACAGAUAGAUUGUGGCAGUUACCACACCCUUGCGUAUGUCUACACCACUGGUCAGGUGGUGUCUUUUGGUCGUGGACCAAGUUGCCCAGGCAGCUCACUUCAUCCAGAGGCUCUGGCAAAGGACUUUGACAUUAGCUGCCUGAUUUCUGCUAAUGACCUUGCAGACAGUCAAGUCAAACACAUUUUUGCUGGAGCAUAUGCUGAUUUUGUGACAACUUGCCAGAAGGAUCCUAGUUCCAACAGUGUUCCCCGGAAAACUCUGCCGGAAAUCAGCCGAAUUCAUCAGUCCCUGACAGAAGAGUGGAUGGCAGUGGCAAGAGGAAGUACACAGCUUGAAGCGGCUAAGAGUAAAAUUAGAAUGGUAUUUUCAUCUCCUGCUUGUCUGACUGCAAGUUUUUUAAAGAAAAGGGAAUGUGGAGAAACGAAUCCCAUUUAUGUGGACUUACAAAUGGCAAGAGAAACCUUUGAGAAGUUAACAAAAACGGAUUGGAUUUCUUUCCUGAUAACCACAAGUCUGAAGGAUAAUCUGCUCUGUGCUCUUCCCCACCGUUCUCGGCACCAAGAAGCGCUGUCUGUUUUCCUUCUGCUCCCAGAGUGUCCUGUGAUGCAUGAUGCUAAGAACUGGAUGGCUCUGGUGGUGCCAUUUGCAGAGACUGUUCAUAAAAUGACGAGCCAGUCUUUACAAGUCUUGAAGCAAUGUUGGGAAUCCUUGCAAGAAUCUUCUCUCAACGCACUGGUCCAGAUGCUAAAAACGGCCAUAGUCCCUCAGCUGCAUUAUUGGACUGAAACCAUUCAGAGUCAUAACAAUCUUAAAGCUCUUCUCAAAAUGAUGAAAGAAGUAUAUAAGGUAAACAAAGCUAAGUGUCGACUACCAGAAAAUACUUUCUACAUAGAUGACCUCCACUUUUUAUUGAACUUUUAUGCAGAGAGAAGUAGAAUUAUCUUUAGGAAUAAAAACCAGAUAUCUGCAGAAAACUUUGAUUUCAUUAUUUUCAGUGAUUUUCCAUUUGUCUUUAAUUUGCCAUCCAAAAUUAAAUUAUUACAAGCGGAUUCCCAUCUAAAAAUGAUGGAAUUAGAAGGGAAAGCACACAUGGAUUUUAACCAAGUAAUUCUGCAAAGAAAGGACGAAUUCCCUCCACCACCUACCUUUACCCUUAAAGUCAGACGAAGUCACCUGGUUGAAGAUACUCUGCGUCAGUUAAGCCAGGCCGACGCCACCGACCUCCGGAAAGUAUUCGUGGUUGAAUUUAUUAAGGAAAUUUGUUCUGUGGGGGAAGGGGUGAAGUCUGAGUUCUUCCACUGUAUAUUUGAAGAGAUGAUCAAGAAAGAAUAUGGCAUGUUCAUAUAUCCUGAAGAUGGUUCCUGCAUGUGGUUUCCUGUCAACCCUACAUGUGGGAAGAAGAUGUAUUUCCUCUUUGGGAUUUUGUGUGGACUCUCCCUAUACAAUUCAAAUGUUGUCAACCUUCCUUUCCCAUUGGCUCUGUUUAAGAAGCUUCUGGAUCAAAAACCAUCACUGGAAGAUUUAAAAGAACUCAGUCCUCUUUUGGGGAAGAGUUUGCAAGAAGUUCUAAAUGAUGAAGCUGAUGACAUCAAGGAAGAACUUGGCCUGUGUUUUUCUAUAUACUGGGACAAAGAGGCUGUUGAUUUAAUUCCAAAUGGGAGCUCUGUAUCUGUAGACCAAAGCAACAAGAAAGACUAUAUUUCUAAGUAUGUCGAUCACAUUUUCAACACCUCUGUAAUGGGAGUUUAUGAGGAAUUUCAAAGAGGAUUUCAUAAAGUCUGUGACAAGGAGAUUCUGAAGCUUUUCCACCCUGAAGAACUGAUGACCGCAAUAGUUGGACAUACGGACUAUGACUGGCAACAGUUUGAAAAGAAUUCAGCAUAUGAUCAAGGAUACCAUGUAUCACACCCUACCAUACAGAUGUUUUGGGAAGCUUUCCAUAAAUUAACUUUGGAUGAAAAGAAAAAAUUCCUCUUUUUUCUUACAGGAAAUGACAGGUUGCAUGUACGAGGCGUACGGAAAAUGGGAAUCUUAUUUCGUUGUCCUGAAACUUUGAGUGAAAGAGAUAACCCAAGGCCACUGACCUGUCAUAAUAUUCUGGACCUCCCUAAAUACUCGACAAUGGAAAGAAUGGAGGAAGCACUUCAAGUGGCCAUCAACAACCACAAAGGGUUUACCUCACCCAGAGUCACAGGGUGACAGUGACCUCGGAGAGGCUCAGUUUGCAGGUCCUCACCCUUUGAUUCUUCUGUUCUUCUUCAGGUCUAAUUAGGACAAAGAGUUGGUGGACUUUAGUUGGCAUUAGUUGACAAGUGCUGGAAUACAGGUGAUGAGUCAAAGAUAAUAUUUUUAACGAAUCGACAUUUCCUGACCCCUUAACUUGCUAUUAGAAUGCUUGCUUUUUUUACGGAAUUAUUUCCUGAAUAAUAAUUAUCAUUUGAAAAUAAACUGAAUAUGGAGGUCUCUUGUGGCACCGUGGGUUCUCCGGAGGUUAAGGAUCCAGCGUUGUCACUGCAGCGGCUUGGGUUGCUGUUGGCAUGGGUUGGAUUCCUGCCCUGGAAACAUCCACAUGCCACAGGCAUGGUCAAAAAAAUUUAAGUAAAAAUAAGAUGAAUAUUAAAAAAUAACAGAUAUUUUAAAAAAUACUGUAUAUCGAAUAUGCACUGCUUGCAAAUAUGAAAGACAUGCUGAAGUUUGAAAAAAAUACAACUACAAAUUAAUUCAACGUGUUUUUGAAACACGUAGAGAUUUUUAUGUUCUGGAAUGGCUCUAGGGUUUUUAUUUUAGCCAGACAAUUUAUGUGAAAAAUCUAAAAGUUAAGGGAUUCAUUCAUUUAUGGAAUAAUGACUUAUGCUCAGAGCUACAGUCCAAGAAUCAUUCUAAUUGAAGAUAUCAUUAUUUUGGUUAAACGCUGAGCUCAACCAGGAACUUCUAAUUACAGUUGAGGAAAAUGAGGAAUAUGAAGCAUGUUUCAGCCUCAGGGCUACAGAAUGACUUGAAGGAGAGAUAAAGUGUGUUGGAAAUGAAUUUUGUGGACCAUUUCUAUCUCAUAGGAAAUUUUAAACUGUAAGCUGUUCUAUAAAUGCCUAUUGUCAUCCCCAAACCUUACACAGAAGCCUUGUGUCACCGGUACUUUGGGAAAGGAGACACUCAAGUGAAAUCCACACUGGGGUGCGGAUGUGGAAAGGGGGCAGGCAUGAGGAGCCACCGAGGACACUAGCAAGUGAGGGGUUAGCAGAAACAUAAGCCCCACAAGAAUCCUUAUAGUGUAGGAGAAAAUGCCCUGAUAAAAAGGUAGAGACACCCCGGCCAUGAUGCCAAAGCAAAGUCCAGCCAGCUGCCCCUAACCACCCUCCUCCACGCAUCCGCUUCUGUACACCUGCUUCUGCAUCUACUACCUUGCCUGUCCGUCCCGCCAAGCAAGGACCCGUAAGAACUAGCCCGUAAAAGCCUUGUGAAACCCUUCCUCGGGGCUCAGACUCCGGAGAGCGAUCUCCUCUGAACCCACAUAAUAAACCUGAGU